AUGGUGGCGGUGGAGGUGAACAGCAAAUCGUCGGGGAGGCUAGCGUCGGCGUACAACGAGGUGCAGACGAGCCACCUCCACCACGCACUCCCACUCCCCUCCGUCCUCUACUCCUUGUUCUCCCUCAUCGAUAGACCACCCAACUCUGCCACCGGAAACUCCGAUGAAAUAGCGAAGCUGUUCCCGAACCUGUUCGGGCAGUUGUUGACGGUGCUGAUGUUGGACAAGGAGACGACAGAGGGGAAGCCAUUGAAGGUCGGGGUGGUGCUUUCUGGCAGACAGGCGCCCAGUGGGGACAAUGUAUAUGCGGGAGAUUUCCAUCGUUUCCUAGCAAAGGGUGGAUUUGAUAUGAUAUGCAGUGGAAGGGAUAAGAUUGAAACACCGGAGCAGUUUAAGCAAGCUUAA